AUGGCAGUGGCGCUGCCGUUGGUUUCGGGGGUGAAAUCACGAAGGGGACGAAAGGAUAAGGAUAUUGAUCGGGUUAAGGGAAAAGAAUGGAACGAAGGCUGCGUCGGAAGAUGUACGGAAGUAGUGAACGAAGGUAGACGAAAUCUCGCACUUGCGCUUCGUCGGUUUCUUUCUGAUCGAAGGCGAAGAGGGUAUCUCCGGGGUUUGGCCAGGCCGAAGCAAUGGAGACGGGAAGAAACAACGGAGCUUUCUUCUUCUCGUUCGGCUGCGGGGUGCGAAGGGGGAAAGGAAAUCGAAGGGAUUCUGGGAGGCAUCGCGGACAGCUGCAGCGACGAAGACGGGGGUGCUCCGUGGGACUUCGGUCUCGGUGGGAGAAUUGCUUCGAUCGGUAAUCAAUCGUUACGUGAACCGGGGUUGGGCUGGCAUCGUGAGGGAGGCUCACGGGAAACGGGUUGUGGUGAUGUUGAGACUCACGGGAAACGGGUUGUGGGUGGUGGAAUCGGGCCACCGGUGAUGGUUCUUGGUAGGUGCAGGCAAAGAAGAAGGUGGGUCACGACAGGGGCAGUUCAUCGAUCGGUGGCUGGGCAGUUUUAUGGCUUCCAACUGAAAGAAUGUGGAAUCUGUUGCUUCUCCUUGAUUGCUCACGAUCAUAAGAUGAUAUAAUAUGUUUGAGUGUUGGGUCCAUUGACAAGGAACAAGGAAGGAAAAGGGAAGGAGUGAAGCCACAUCCAUGUCCAGGAAGAAUCAAGGGGUGCAUGUUUCAGUUUAGCAGCUGGCUGUCCUUUUAUUUAUUUAUUUAUUUAUUUAUUUGUAUUUGUGUAUGUAUUAAAUUUGUAUUAUGUAUUUGUUUUAUUAUGUAGUGAAUGUAUAAUUUGUAAUUAAUAAAUUUGUAAUUAAUAAAUUUCAAUAUGUAUUUUGUUUGGUUUGUAUUUAGAAGGAAUGUAAUACCCACAUUAUUUGUGUAUUGAUUCAUUUUACUAGUUAUAUACACUAGCAUGCC